GGUAUACUUUGUACACUUGUACUUUUCCCGAGAUAGUGACUGGUCGACCUUUGCGUCAAACCAACUUCAAUCAUGUCCACAUGUCGAGCUUUCCGGGCGAAGGAAUUCAAGUGUUCGAACUGGGGAUGUGUGCACCCGAAUCCAGAGUAUUUUGGCAAACCCAGGUGGGUAGGCUGCCCAGACAUAGUACUCCUCCUCCACCGCCUCGUCUGGGCGCUGUUCUUCCUGGCCUGUUUGAUUUACCUAGCGGUGUUGUCCGGUAAAUACUUGGUCAUCUACCUGACGAACUGGACACUCAUCCUAACCACAACCAGCAUACUGUUGUCUUUUUUCGUGACCCUCUUCACGAAGACAGGUCACCUUGGUAAGAAAUGGAGCAGAUUCAUUGCGUUCACGUGGGUCAUCCAUAACGCUGCCGCACUUAGCUCCACGACUAUCACCAUAUUAUACUGGGCAUUGCUCUACCAAGGGCCUACGGUGCAUUGGCUUAAUGUGGUCGCCCACGGCCUCAACGCGCUCUACUUCUGCCUUGACGUCUGGCUUGGCAAGAUCCCCGUCCGAUGGUACCAUUUCUACCAUGGUGUUGUCUACGUACUAAUAUACGUCAUCUUCGCAGCAAUCUACCUCGUAUCGGGAGGAACGAACCAACAAGGCCAACGUAUCAUCUACCCCGUCAUAGAUUUUCUCAACGAGCCAGGAAUGGCCACGGGGUUUUCCGUUGCAGUGCUGUUCAUCGGCGCGGUAGUGUGGACGGUGUACUACGGCAUGUAUUUGCUUGCCACGUUCACUGAGUAUCGAAUAUAUAAGAAGCAAGUUGGUCCGUUUGGAAUUGCUGAUACGCAAUUGGGGUAAGAUUGUGUUGACGACACGGGAUUUGAGACCAAUGACAAGACGGAAAGUGUUUGAUAAAAGAUGACUCGCAAACACAGAGAAGUGCCCAGUGCUAAAUGUGAUAUUUGUUAUUUUCUACGACUUUCAUGACGAUAGAAGUACAGGUCGAUGUGACAGAGAAUGGCUUUAAUUUCGAGCAGAGGUCUUGACGGCGCCACUCUGGCGGCAGCACUGGCAAAAUUUGGCUUCAUCGAAUUGAUGGAAUAUAACGAAACGUGACAGAAAACAUGCUUUAUCAUCGCUAAAUGUUUUUCAAUUUGAGGGAGUUAGUAGCUGGAGAUAAUGCCUGACAGACCCUUAUGAUAAUAAGUAAAUAUUUCACGUCCAGACAUAAAAUAUUGGAAACUAUUUGUCAGGUAAAAUCAUUAAUUUAUUUCCCCUUACAAUAUUGCUUGAGAGCUGCUCUGGCAUGCAUUUAUCAUGGGUUGUGUAUCUCUGACGCCCUCACCAAAGAAACUAUUUCAUGACUUCGUGCUACACGUAUUCCCUCCUUGAACUGGUAAAGAUCUUUGCGACGGUUUGAGACAUAAUUUUCAUCAUAUUCCGUUCAUUCCGUUCCGUUUCAUGAAUUCGAGGAAGCCGCAAAAUCAGCAUGCGUCUACAUCUAUAGCCUACUUAAUCAAAAUGGUAAUUCAUCUCUAUCGAUCGACUUUGACUACAAUACCAAAGAGAAGGUCAACUACGUGAAUUCGACGAAGUAAUUUGAUUUUUCAAACUGAAUUCCACUGAAUUAAAUUGGCUUAAGAUGUCUAAUGCAUUUGUAAUUUGAGUUGGUAAAGUUCGGGUUCAGGGGAUGAAACACGAUUUUAGGGGAUUUCGUCGUUCAUGGGAGUGAGUCCAUCUCUCAUGCUUUGGGCUGCACUACGCCGCACCGGACCAGUUACGGACGAAGUACCUCUGAUAGUUCAGAAUGCUUCUUGUAGGUGAUACAGAUAUUUUUACCUGCGAAUAUCAAUAUCAAUAAAAUAAAAAUACGAAUAUCAAUAAAAAAAUAAGACGUUCCCCACUCCCGCCCCGAUUUUGAUAAUAGGUUUGCCGGUCGGGAAACACGUUUUUAUAUUCAACUUGCCUAAAGCAUUGUCGAUUACCUUCCCAAACUUGCGUUCGUGACUAAAAGCGGAAGAUAUCUUCAUUUCUAAAUAUACCUCCUUAAAUCUCCGGUUAUCGAUUUUUAAAUUGAAAGAAACCUCUGAUACUUCAUAUCUGAUGUAAGUGGCAUUUUAAUGUAAGUUAAGAGAUCCUUCAAUUGAUUGACAAUUCUCUCAUUGAGACGUCUUGCUAAUUUUCCAUUGCCUUGAGGCCAGAUCCUUACCGUGGUUGUUAGAUCUAAUGGAUUUUAUGUCAACAUAAACGCCAUCGAUCUCACUCAUGGGAGUUUUUAGGAUAUCGAUUAUAUUCAUAAGACAUCGGCUAACCGCAAAAAGUUAUCUUGAGACAAAAUGACAAGUGGCAGACAAAAUUACUUCAUUAAGAGCAAGCGCGGCGCUCCGCUAACGAGCUAUUUACAUCAUGUAUACAUUUUUGUAAAUACAUGUAGCUGCGACCUGCGAUUGCAUGAUCGCAUGUAACGAAAUCGUUGCGCGGGGUUGUCAUCGCACUGAGGUGAUUGCAACGACUUCCGAUCGCUAUCAAACUCGGUAGUUACCGGUUUUAACCGCAGACGAAAUAUAUGUCGCACAUACAUGUAGUAUCGAUUAUAAUCCCAGGUCGCUGCGAUUUUAAUCGCUCGUUUGCGCGGGGCUCAAAUGUUCAUGUAUCAGUUUAGCGCCGGAUUACGUGUGUAUCGAGAGAACACAAUAGAAUAGAAGUAGACAACACUAUAGAAGUAGGCAACACUCUUUCAUUUUGAUUCUGUUGCAGAUGUUUGAAAUGUCCCAAAAUGAGAUGUCCGGGGAACAAAGGAUUCUAUCAUGCGCUUUAACCUCUAAGCUAUUGACUGUCAUUGCCUCUAUAGAACCAUACCAUAAUCCGUCAGAAUGCAAUAGGGCUGGACACUUUCUCCACGGUGACAUUUUCUAUACUACACCGGUGCAUGGCAACGCGGCAUAGCUUAUUUGAGUACUGUACAAAGUUCACACCCCUU